AUGAUGGGUCCUCCCGUGCGCGCCAUCUCUGACCUACCGGACGUCUGCCAGCUGCGCAUCCUCUCGCUGCUUGAGAAGUCAGAGCAACCCCUAAAAUCCGCGACGUCUUUGAAUAAUGGGGGAAAGGGUCCAGCCGGGGAAGUUGACUCCGGUCCUGAGGCUUCAUUUGUUCAAGAGGCAGGGACCAGCAAGAGUGUGUUUCAAUGGAGUCAUGAGGACUCUCCCCUGAUGGACGCUGUGGAUACACUUGCAAGAAGUGGAUACGCACUAGUCCAAGGAGCGGUGACAAAGGAGCUGGUGACGGCUGCCCGUUCCUGUGCUGACUGUGCUCUAGAAGGAGAGAUGACGGCUGCUAAAAUGGGGGGCGGAGCCGAGACUCAGUGGAUCGACCAACACUUUCGGGGGGACCGGCGUAUGUGGCUCAAGCCGGCCCAAGUGUUGCAGCCUGGUUGGGAGAGCUUUCAAGCCCUGACACAGAUGCUACUGCGCUUGAAGCAACCGUUGCAAGAAGCAGGCUAUGAUGUGUCAGGCCCCGUUUCCUUCCAGCUUGCCUGCUACCCGGGAGGGGGCGCCGGAUACGUCCGCCACAGAGACCGCUCUCCCAGCAGCCCCCACCGCACCGUCACCGUGCUCUAUUACCUCAACCCUGAAUGGACCCCCAACGACGGAGGACAGCUGCGCCUCUUCCUGAAAGACGGGGCCAGCAUCGACCUACCUCCCAUGGGAGGCAACGUGGUGCUGUUCGAGAGCGGGAUGGAGCAUGAAGUACUGCCGGCGCAUGCCAAGCGCUUCGCUGUCACAGCGUGGUUCUCGGAGGGGGCGAAGCAAGACGCAUCAGAAUCGGGUGGGGGUUGUUCUGGACAAGAGGCUCAAGCGGAGGGUUGCUCCAACACUGGCAGAACGGAACCUACGGUCCCAAGCAAGAGAGGCGACUGCCUCAACGGUUUGGGAAAAGGUUCCCGAGAGGCUGGCGACAACCCCGCGUUGGAAACCACCUCGCAGAAGACAAGCACUCAUGCUGUCAACACCAUCCACCCCUCUGCACCACACCCUCCUCUUACCGGCCCCUCCCACUCUCUUUCCCCUGCCCAGCGCAUUUUCGUCUCACUCGUGUGCUACCGUGAUUCGGAGUGCCGGUGGACUGUCAAGGACCUUUUCAGAAAAGCGGACCUGCCCGGUCGCGUCUGGGUAGGGAUCGUGUGGCAGAUCGACGAGCGGGACGACUGCGAGUUUGCGCACCUCAGGGGGCUGGACGAGGACGCCCGGAAGCGCGUGCGGGAGGUGCGGGUGGACUGGCGCGAGGCGACGGGGCCGUGCUGGGCGCGGCACCGGGCGCAGCAGCUGUGGGACGGGGAGGAGUUCUUCCUGCAGAUCGACUCCCACAUGCGCUUCGCCCCCCAGUGGGACACCAAGCUGCUAGCCGCCUUGGCAGCAGCCGAGACGCGGUCGCCGAAAGCGGUGCUGAGCUCGUACCCGCCCCCCUACGAAGGUCUCGGGGCGGCCGCUUCAAUUCCCGAAGACUCGCGGCCCACAUUUCUGUGCGCGAAAGAGUUCGGGCCUGACGGAUUGCUGCGCAUGACGGGGCGCCGGGCGGAAUCCCGGGGCGGAGAGCCGGUGCGGAGCGCUUUCUGGGCGGCGGGCUUCUCUUUCUCGAGGUCGGCGGUAAUCCAGGAGGUCCCAUAUAGCCCGCAUCUACCCGAGCUCUUCUUUGGGGAGGAGAUGAUCAUGGCCGUCCGGUUGUUCACCCACGGCUGGGACGUGUACGCGCCGCCGGAAGCUCUAGUGUUUCACCAGUGGUCCAGGGAGCACAGGCCCUUCUUCCGGGAAUCUCGGAAGCCCGAUCUGAAAGCUCGCGCGGCGUCGGAACGGCAGGUGAAGAGCUUUCUGUGCACGGAGCGAAAGGAAGGGGGAGAGGUGUGUAGUCUGUGCGGCGCCCCUCCGGCUGACAGCUACAGUCGAGAGUACGGGUUGGGGGAUGUAAGAUGCGUACGAAGUUUCGCGGAAGCGUGCUCGGUAAACUUCUGCCGGAAGCGGAUAGGAAGGGAGACGGAGGAGCAAGUCUUUUCAACAGAACGGACUAUAAGGUAGCGUCCUUGUCAGUCAAUAGAGCCGCGGAGGCGUUGUUCAUUGUCUGAUGAUAGGUUGUGCGGACAUUUGGCAGGGCAUGCGGC